AUGGGUCGGAAGAAAAUACAAAUAUCCCGGAUCACAGACGAACGGAAUCGGCAGGUCACAUUCAACAAGCGCAAAUUUGGUGUGAUGAAGAAAGCCUACGAACUCAGCGUACUGUGUGACUGCGAGAUAGCUCUCAUCAUAUUCAGCUCCAACAACAAACUUUACCAAUAUGCUAGCACUGAUAUGGACAAGGUUCUACUGAAAUACACGGAGUACAACGAGCCACACGAGUCACUGACGAACCGCAACAUCAUCGAGGCACUAACGAAGAAAGAGCAUAAGAACGGAGUGAUGUCGCCUGACAGCCCUGAAGCUGAGCCGGAAUACAAUUUGACACCGCGCACCGAAGCCAAAUACUCCAAGAUCGAUGAGGAAUUCCAAAUGAUGAUGCAGAGGAACCAGUUGAACGGAAGCAGGGUGGGAGUGGGUGUGGCCGGCAGCAACUACAAUUUGCCCGUUAGCGUACCAGUGGGAAGUUACGACCAGUCUAUGCUUCAAGCUAGUCCUCAGAUGCAUACCUCUAUCAGUCCACGGCCAUCGUCUUCGGAAACCGAUUCUGUAUACCCAAGUGGCGGAAUGUUGGAAAUGUCGAACGGAUACCCUGGGUCGGGGUCGCCACUGGGCGCUGGGUGCACGCCGUCACCGUCGCCAGGUCCCGCGCCUUCGCCCCACCGCCACCCGCACAAGAGUCACGCGCACGUACCACCGCACCACUCGCCGCGCCACAACAACCUACGCGUCGUCAUACCCAGUUCCAUGCCGCCACCACAAGACGAAUUAUCGUACACUGGAGAGACACCACUAAGCUACUCAGGACUAGGCAACUUCGGGCCACAGGACUUCAGCAUGACCUCGGACAUGGGAAUCGGUCUAUCAUGGGGCGCUCACCAGCUGCAGACGCUCCAGCACAACAGCUUGCCAGUGCUGGGCGGAGGAGGGACACCGCCGCCGGCGCCGUCGCCUAGCAACGUGAAAAUCAAAGCAGAGCCGGUGUCGCCGCCGCGCGCGCCGGAUCACUUACAUCGCGCGCCGCCGCCUGCGCCCGCACCACAGCCCGCGCACUUAUCUGGAGUCAUUGAUGGUUCAGUAACGUCAAGUAACAUGGGCUCGCCGGCAGGUCAGGAUAUGAGGCACUCAAACACCGUCCCACUAGACUACGAACAGCCUCAUACUAAGAGACAGCGGAUCGAAGGUUGGGCCACAUAG